CAAGCCUACCAGGCGAGCACAAUUUCGAGUUUGAGGCGGGACGCGGGAUUGUGAAAAUGCUCAAUAUAAUUCGAAAGAACCAGACACAGUGAGGAGGGAGCUUCACGGAACUCGUUGUGAUGGCGGAAUUUAAGGAAGAACUGGAGCCCUUAUUCGAUUACAGACGCGUGCAACCUAUUAAUGUUGUGUGCCUCGAAGACGAGGAGGAGGAGGAGGGUGUGAUUUAUGCUAGGAAAAAGAGGAAGACUUCGGAGCCUGUUGUGAAUGGUAGUAAUCAAGAGAAAGUGGUAGCGGUGGUCGAUAUUGAUGAUAAAGAAGAUGAUUGGCUACUUCCUCCACCAAAGGUCUCGAUGGAUGCAUCCAGGUCGAUUGGGGAGGAUUCAACAUUAAAGGAGUUGAGAUUAAAAAAGCAGGAGCUUGUCUCAUUCGCACAAUCUGCAAAAGAGAUGUUACAAGAAGUUAAGGAGUCUGCAAAGAGAGAGCUUGAUAAUUCGUUGCAGACUUCUGUGGAUGCUGCAAGUGAGGAAACAUUAAAACCUCCUGAAAGAGCUAAGAUUGUCAUCUCCAUACAAGACAAGGAUGGAGUGAAGCAGUUUCGUGUAUACAUGGACGACAAGUUUGAACGGAUCUUCAAAAUGUAUGCAGAUAAAGUAAAGCUUGACCAGAGACAUUUAGUAUUUUCUUUUGACGGGGAUAGAAUUAAUCCAUCCCAAACCCCUAGUGGCCUUGGGAUGGAAGAUGAUGAUAUCAUUGAAGUUCAUGUGAAGUCAAGCUGAUCAAGGCUUUUGCUUAAAUCAUGGAACUGAAAUCAACCCUUUUCAGUACCUCUUCUGGGAGUUACAUUGCCUUAAAAGUUUAUCUCAUAAUACUUUUAUGAGAAAACAUUGUAUGUUUUUUGUUAUAGAUGCAAUAUUUGGCUUAAUUGUACAGCUUAUAAUUUUAUGAAUUUAUAUUGAGACAUCGGCUUGGUAGAACUUUCUUCGUUAUAUGGUAUAGGUUGUUGACAGUGUAAUAUACCUAUUCUUAGAUGUGAAUUAUGCUAGGGUUUCUACACUCUUCAUAAGUUGACUAGUUUUUAUCAUAAACUAGUUGAAUGAAGAUAUUUUAUUGAAAUGAAUUGUGUCAGUAACUUAAUAUUAACAAUUCUUUCUCUUAA